AUGGUUGGAACUGAGAGUUCAGAUAAACAAAUUUUCAUGGUGAAAUUUCUUGUAAUCAAGGAAAAGAACAAGGUUGUCUUGGCCGAGGCUGGUAAGGAUUUUGUCGACGUACUCUUUAGUUUUCUGGCAAUGCCAAUGGAGACCAUUGUGAGAUUGCUUGAGAAUCAAAAGUCUCAAGCCGCUACUACAAUAGGUUGUUUCAACAAUCUCUACAAAAGUGUUGUUGAUAUGAGCAAAGAUGAUUUCUUGACCGACGCUUGUAAGCAUAUAAUUUUGUAUCUGAGGUAUUUGAAAGAGAGGCAAUACAGACGGUUUAAGCUUAACAUCGAUGAUACCGAAGACCUCAAGUACUAUAGGUGCCCAAAUUUGGGAACUUCUCAGUCUUGCUCUGAGGCUUAUAGUAAUUUUUGCUCCUUGAGAUGUUCUUGUGGGGAGUUGAUGGCAAAGGAGAUUAAAGGAGUUGUAGGUAGUUCUGAUGAAAUAUUUGUUAGCCAGAAGACCUUUUUCAUCAUGACCAAAAAUAUGAAAGUGGAUUUUGCUUCUAUUUCCAUGACCAUGAAGACACUUAGAGGACUUGGUUAUAAAAAUCUUGAUAACAUGGAGGCGAUGUUUGUAGAUGUUGGCCACAAAGAGGUACUAGCUUUGCUGGAAUGCUUAUCCUCUUCGGAUACUCCUUUGACUGAUGUGUUCUUGAGGAAACAAAACUCAUGUAUCAUUACAAGGACGCUUAACACGCCAAGCCUAGCUGGACAAGAUAGAGAUGAAACAGAAUCAAAUGAAGUAUUGUCAAUCACUGUAUUUGUUUGGAAGCAAGACAAGAAGAUUCUUUACAUGGAAAGUGGACAAGACUUUGUGGAUCUGCUUUUCAUUUUCCUGGUUGUACCUUUGGAGUUAGUGUGGGAAACAUCUGGAAGUAAUAUUGAACUUGGAUGCAUUGAAAACUUUUCUAAAAGCAUGAAAAGCUUGUGCUCUAGCGAAGGCACAAAUCCAUCGUCUUUCACAUGUGUUCUUCCUUGGAAUUAUAGGUUCCAGGCACCACUGCUUGAUGUUUGUUGCAAGAUUAAUCUCAAGGCAUGGUCAGUGAAGAUAAACUCUCGUCCCUAUGUUUUGAAGAUGAUGUCUCCAAACUAUGAUGGAAGUGGUGAAUCAACAGUUCAUUGUAGGAGUGGGCUUGUAAGGAGAGAUACAACGUACAUGAUUUCAGAUGAUCUUACUAUCACAUCUACGAAAUCGUCUUCAACAUUUUGCAUAAUGAAGAAGUGGGGCGUAGACUUGGAUGAUAUUGAGGUGCAUGUAAUCAACAUUAGCAAAACAGAGGCUAGUAGCUUACUGAGAGCUUCUUUAAUGACAUCCACCGCCUUGACCACGGCUUUAGGGAGCUUACUCCCAAAGAAGCCAAAAGAGGAGAAACUAUGA